AUGGCCUCCCUGUCUUUCGCUUUGGCUGUCGCGCUGACCGCGUGUGAGGCUUCGCUGGUGAAGGAUCCAUCACCCCUUGAGCAGGAUUUUCGAGCCACUGGUUGGGCGAUCACCAGACAGCUGCUGCCAACAUCGGAGUUGCAGGCGGUAUCAGCAAGACUUGAGAGUUUGCUUUCGGAGCAUGGUCGACGAGCUUUCGGAGACGAUGGGUCCAAGGAAGUCCGCUUCACCUUUGCAGUGCAUGAACUGGACAGCACCGUGAGCGACUUCGUAAGCAAAGACACGGGCGCACUCUGGCAGCAGGCCGCACAGCUGGCUGGCACCGAGCGGCUUUGCAUCCUCAUGGACCGCGGAUUCUCGAAGGAUCCCGGGGAUCCGGAAACGCAUUGGCACCGCGACGACGAAGCGAUCGGCCUGCCAAACCUUCACCCAGGCCUUCGAACAGUCCAUGCCUGGAUUCCUCUGGUGGCCAUGGGGAAAGAUACCUUCUCGGCACACACCGCCGACAGCUUCAAGCCUGCAUAUGAUGACAGUGCGUGCAUGUGUCAGCUCUUGGGAAAGAUCAAGUUGGUUCAAUUGCCACCUUCCAAGAUGGCUGCUUUCAGGUACAACUGGUUUGAAUCACUUCUGGCAUCAUUGUGGGGCUGGGAGUUUACCUGGUUUCUCACCUCGAGGACAGAGCAAGACGACAACUUGCAAUUCGGCGAUGUGGCAUGGCACGACGGCUGGACAUUGCAUUCCGCCGGUUCCAACCAGGUAGAUGCAGUUCGGAAUGGUUUCGCCAUCAGCUAUGCUUACUGUAUCGAUCCGAACGGCUGCCGCGGAUUUAACCAGCGCAUCUCCCAGAAGGAUGCGACGUGCAGGCUCAGUGCAGUUGGAAUGGGCUCGCUUGUCAGCUCCGAUCCAUCCUCGGCAUUCUUCGGCUUCAUGGGAGUUACCUCCGCUCUGGUGUUCGCCAACUUGGGAGCGGCCUAUGGAACAGCGAAGUCGGGAGUUGGAAUCGCCUCGAUGGGCGUCAUGCGUCCGGACAUGAUCAUGAAGUCCAUCAUUCCGGUGGUUAUGGCAGGUGUGCUCGGCAUCUAUGGCCUGAUCACAGCGGUGAUCAUCAACGGCAAGAUGGACGCAGCCAACUACUCGGCUUACUCCGGCUACGCGCACUUGGGAGCAGGACUUACCGUGGGCAUGAGCUCCCUGGCUGCGGGUCUCGCAAUCGGCAUUGUGGGCGAUGCUGGCGUCCGGGCCAAUGCCCAGCAGCCGCGUCUCUUCGUCGGCAUGAUCUUGAUUCUCAUCUUCGCAGAGGCGCAAUUGGCGCCAGGGCGUAGGGCCUAG